AUGCCAACUGAUAAAACAGAUGAUUUCAAAAUUCCUUCCCUCAAAUUAAACAAAAUAGUGGAGAAAGAAUUAAGAAUAGAAUUAUUAGAUUACAACGCAACCCUGACACAAACAUCAGUACAUGCUUUGAUAGAUGGGGCAUCCAGCUACACACAUACAGAAGAGCUACUAAGGGAAGCCAGGGUGAUUGCCACCAUUCCUACUGGGCUUGAAACUCUAUGGCAUCUGGCAUGUAUUGGGGCAGAUGAGGCAUGGGUUUCUGGUUGGUACGUAUCCAUAAGCCGUAUAAGCAAAAUACACCCAAAUACCGAUGACGAUGUCUUUACAGUGUGUCGUCUCUUUCCUACUGGCCUCUCCUCGACUAAAGAGGGUGAACUGAUGUACAGUGAUUGGCACAGCAGGAGUAUUUAUGUAGUCAGAAAUGAGAAAACCGAGAAACUGAUUACUGUACCAACAGGAUGGUUUCCAGAUAGACUCUGCUGCACAAGGUCAGGAGACAUCCUAGUCUCACUGAGCAAAAAGGACCACAAAAAACCCCAAAAAGUAAUAUGUUACCAAGGGCAGAGAGUAAAAUUGGAAGUAGAAAAAGAUGAGCAUGGAGACCUAAUCUUUGCUGCAGGAUCGAAUUCACUCUAUGUGGCAGGGAACAAUAAUGGAGACAUUUGCGUUUCUGAUGCUAAUGCUCAAAGAGUCAUCGUUUUAGACAAGACAGGCAGGAGAGUUCGAUUUAUAUACGAUGGCUCACCAGUCACGUCGCGUACAUUGUCAUUUGGUCCGCAUCAUAUAGUCACAGAUUCCCUGAGUCAGAUCAUCGUGGCUGAACCAGGUGUUGGCUGCAUUCACAUCAUUGAUCAGAAUGGAUAUUUCCUGAGAUUUGUGGAAAAGACCAAUCUAUCAUAUAUUAAUGGAUUAAGUAUAGACAGUAAGAAAAGGUUGUGGAUAGCAAAUGGGGAAACAAAGGAAGUGAUGAUCUUUCAGUAUUUAAACUAA